AUGAAGCUCCAUCUCACAUCUCUACCUUUCCUAGUUGCCAUAUUUGCUGUUUUGGCAUACAUCCAUUUCAUAAACCCCAAUCCAUCCUUCUUCAAAUAUGUUAUUAAUAAUCAUUUUACUGAUCUCACCUUCUUCUCAUCUGCUAUUAUCUCAACACUUCUCCCAUACAGCAUGGGAGGGCAUCAUCAUCAUCACCACCAACACAAGCAUCCUAAUAAGGGAAGAAUAGGAUCGUUCUGCUGGGAUGAUUUUCCACCUGACUUUCCUCCGGAAACAAACACAACCUCGUACAUUUGUGUUGAUCAAAAUGGGUGUUGUAAUUUUACGACGGUGCAAGCAGCUGUUGAUGCUGUUCCAAAUUUAAGCAUGAAAAGGACCAUAAUAUGGAUCAACUCUGGCAUUUACUUCGAGAAAGUGACUGUUCCAAGAACCAAACCGAAUAUAACAUUUCAAGGACAAGGCUUUGCAUCGACUGCCAUUGCAUUCAAUGACACCGCCAAUUCCUCUCAUGGCACAUUUUUUAGCGGCUCCGUUCAAGUUUUCUCUACAAACUUCAUUGCCAAGAACAUAAGCUUCAUGAAUGUAGCUCCUAUUCCAAGCCCUGGUGAUAUGGGAGCCCAAGCAGUAGCAAUAAGAAUAUCUGGAGAUGAAGCUGCGUUCUGGGGUUGUGGAUUCUUUGGAGCCCAAGAUACCCUCCAUGACGAUAAGGGUCGUCAUUACUUCAAGGAUUGCUAUAUCCAAGGUUCCAUUGAUUUCAUCUUUGGCAAUGCAAGGUCAUUUUACGAGAAUUGCCAGCUGAUUUCCAUGGCAAACCCAGUAAGCCCCGGAGUAAAGGGGAUAAAUGGAGCAGUUACUGCUCAUGGGAGAUCUUCCAAGGACGAUAAUACUGGCUUUGUAUUCUUCAACUGCACCGUGGGAGGAAAUGGAAGAGUAUGGCUUGGUCGAGCAUGGAGGCCUUUUUCUCGUGUCAUUUUUGCCUUCACAACAAUGUCAGACAUCAUUGCUCCAGAGGGCUGGAAUGAUUUCAACGACAUAACCAGAGACCAGACUGUAUUCUAUGGAGAAUACAAUUGCUCGGGUGGUGGAGCUAAUAUGAGCAUGAGGGCUUCUUAUGUUCAGAGACUGGAUGACACACAAGCUUCACCUUUCCUUAACGUCUCCUUUAUCGAAGCGGACCAGUGGCUCCAACCCUACAGUUCGGCCUUGUAAUGUGACAAAACCUAUAUGUACAAGACAAGACUAUAUA